AUGGACCCACAAGAGCUAGUGCCAUUGGAAGGGGGUCUGCAGCGGCCCCGGACAAACCGGCAGACGAGCGUCGCCUCGCGUUCCUGUUACAAGGGGCCCAUCAGACUCUGCCGACUCCUCGCCCUCAUGAUAGUGCUGCCAUCUAUAUUCAUCUUCACUCCUUUGUAUAUGAAGUACCGCGUCUUCUCCGGUCAGAUGUACCCGAUGAGCAUGACGGAUAUGCGGCUGAUAGACAGGAAGAUAUCGCCGACUUGGUGCCAGAGGCAAGUCGUGAAAUCUAACGCGACGUUCAAUGCCUUCGUGGUGCCUGGACCCCCCGAGCUCACCGAGGAGCUAGUCCCCGUCUCCAUGACGCGUCAGUUGGAGCUCGAAGACGACAUGAAGGAGUAUUGGGGCUUCUACCUUCUACAGGGAUCCACGGUUACUGUGUCUGCUUGUUGCAGGUGGCCGGGAGCGUCGUUGAUAAUGAUAAAAGGCUACAAACACCUGCAGGAGUGCGCGUACAUCGGGGACGAUUCGUCCGAAGAGCUAGACGAGUUGCUGGAAGCUCACAAACUAGGUCUUUUGUCAAACGUCACGCUCUGGGAAAAAAUAAUGCAGCUGAAGAAAGAAGAUGGAAAAGCUAAUGACCCAGGUACAAUGAAACGCCACAAGGCUGGAGUGAGUUUUCAUGAUCCAUCACACUCAACCAACUUCACAUCUUCAGCUGAAGUGCCUGACAUCGACGUCACUGACCACGAUCCUAAUGAGUUAAGAGCAAUACUAGAACAUCUACACGCGUUGCGGCAAGCAGCCAAGACGGAGGCUCUGAAGUAUUAUCACCCGCCGUCGCAUCUGAUGUCUCUUCCAGGUCUUCAUAGGCACAGAGACACCAACGUAGAUAAGGACGAGAGGCAGUGGCUGUCAUUCAAAGACAUCGACGGAAACGCCAGCGAGGCAGCAACGGAAAUGGCUAAAUCAUUCGAGAGCAAUAAAACAUUAAAUAAUUCUCACAUUCGCUACAAUCUCAAUAGCACAGAUUAUAAUAAUAAAGAUAAUAUAUCUCAAAUAAGCGAAGACAUGGCGAGGACGAAUUUUAGUGAGACAAAUAAUAAUAUAAUUAAAGAUGAAAGAACAAAUAUUAUAAACGACAGUUAUACAGAUAACACUAAUGAGAAGACAAAGGAAUCCAGCGCUGCUGAAGGAGACGAGAAUUCCAAGGAAGUGUUUCUUCAAGUAUUGAAUCGGCUCCAAGCGCUGGGCGACCGGGGCAAACGUGUCCUUGUUAGACUGCACGAGACGAUGGGAGUCGAAUACAGUGAGAAGAAGCCUCCAGACGUGACAAACGUGGUGGCAGCAAUAAAGGGCAGCGAUGAGGAGCUGGAUCGUCUCAGGAAAGUGCUGGUAGAAGCCAUAGAUGAAGAGAAGACGAGAUCUCAAAGACAGCAAAAACGCCGCGAUGCAAGAGAAGACGCAAGAGCAAAACGGGAACUUAUGCUGGGUCAAAUUGAAUUGAUCAAGGAGCUCAACGAAGACGACGAAGCUAGAGAUUACGCGGCUGAAGAGGGUCUUUCACCCGACGGCUAUGCAGAGCAUCACCAACAAGUGAACGAGACGACACCGUUUGAUAUGUCCAACUCGGAGUUCUGGUCUUCGUUCUCCAGCAGCGAGGAGGCUCUGCUGGAGUGCGAGGGUCUGAUAUUAAACCUUCCGCUCACGCCUCAUCACUCCUGCCACGAGGGUGCCAUGGAUGGGGACACCAUGACCGCAGCUAGAGCUAAUGCCUUGACUUAUAGGGUCCCAGCCAACGGCUAUUACUUCUUCAUAUUCAACUCGGAGAACGAAGUGCAGAAGAACUUCAUAAAGGCCCGGUUCGACCUGCAGAAGACCAAAUACGACGUGGCGAGGACAGCUCUUCGGGAAUGCAGGAAUAAAACCGACCGAUGCGAUCUGCCGCUUGACAUAUUCUCCUCUCAAAAGGUGGUUCUAGAGCUGCCCUUGCGCAACAACGACUCACUGUGGAACGAACAAUUCGUGAUCAUAUCGGAAUGUGAACCUCGGACUUCGGUCUACUUAGUCUGUGUGAUCGCUGUGCCUGUUCUCAUAAUGAUGUUCGCGUUCCAAUAA